UGAGCGUUAUAGCCACCCACAGCACACAACUCCACCGGUAGUAACAAAGCCAGUACGUAGCGCAAGCAGAGUUUAGCUCGCUCCCAGCCCGGCCGCUCACCAUGUGGACCAAGAAGGUGGCGACGCAGGUGGUUUUGGUCCUGCUUCUCCUCCUCAUCGCACAGGAGGCGGCGGUGCCGGGGGCGGAGGCGAAGAUCUGCCGGCAGCGCAGCGCGGGGUUCAAGGGGCCAUGCGUGUCGGACAAGAACUGCGCGCAGGUCUGCCUGCAGGAACGCUGGGGCGGCGGCAACUGCGACGGGCCCCUCCGCCGGUGCAAGUGCAUCAGGCAGUGCUGAUCAUAUGUGGAAUGCUACGGCUAGCUGGCCCUCGCCGUACGUCAGCUAGCUAGCCCAUGGAGCCAUACGUCUGUGUACCUACUUGAAUGUGUGUGUGUGUGUGUGUGCCCCCUUAUACGUACGUAUGUCGUAUGUAUAUCCGUGUCGCCACUAGCCAGCUGCUGCAUCUCGAUCGAUGCAUGCAAGAUAAUAAUAUGAAUGAAUAAAAACGUACGGUUCAUGUUC